AUGGAACCCCAUUCAUCGGACCUCUCAUCUUCACUAAUCAAAACAAAAUCAAAACCCACCAAAGUCAACCGAGACUUCCUACUCCACCUCGAAGCAUACCUUUCCAAACGCGACGGCGUCGACAAGCUCCUCAAGAUCUCCCGAUACGCCACCAAAAUCAUCCUAUCCUCCGACUCCAUACCCACCACCCACCCCCUCCACCGCCGCCUCAAGAGCUUCGAAUCCAGCGUCGGACUCAGCCGUAAAGCCUUCCGCCUCGGCAAAUUCAUCCAAGACGUCAAUUCCUUCCGCUCUGCAAAACUCGAAACCAGACAAGAUAUUAUACUCGCCGUCAUCGCGUACGGCGGCGAGGGUUUGUAUUAUUUCGUCGAACAGUUUGUUUGGUUAGCGAAAUCAGGGCUCAUCGACAGCAAACACUCUCGAAAUCUACAAAGAAUUAGUGCGUGGGCUGAAUUUAUUGGAUACAUCGGAAGUAUUAGUUUGAAAACUAGGGAUCUGAAGGGGAUUUCGAAGGAUGAAGCUUGUUUGCUAUCGAGUAUCGAAAUUAUGGAUACGAGAGGAGAUUCUACGAAAACCGAAGAGGAGAAGUUGAAGAAAUUGAGGGAAAAGAAGUUAUUGAAGAAGCUUUCGGUGGUUCAAGAUGUGGCGGAUGGAUUGAUGGCGGUGGCUGAUAUUCGCGACGGCAAGGGGCGGCUUUCUGGACCGCUACUGAUGGCGUCGGCGGGGAUGUUGUCGGCGAUCAUUACCGGGUUUCCAGCAAGAAGGAGGUGCAAGAGCAAGAGGGGAGGUGCGAUUCUAGCAGUUCCAGGGAUUCAGAGACUUCAUUUUGAGGCGAAGACUAGGCAAUAUUCCUACCGAGUCAGAGAUUUACCAAGACGCCUGAGGUACCAACGAUGA